AAUCUCGCGGAUUCAACGUUUUUUUCGCAGUUAUCGCGUGAAAUCCUGUGUGUUUGUGGCGGUGCGGCGGCGGCAGGCCCGCCGCCCCCACGUCCAGUGAUCUGGCGGCGGUCGGCGGCCGUCGUUCCGUGCGAGGUUGGAGGCAGGCUCGGGUUGACCUAAUUUCGCUUUUUCGGCGGAGAAGGCGCCCCCCGGAGGCCCCGCGCGAGUGCCGGCGGCGCGGCGGCCGCCCGGCUCCGGGCGGCGGCGGGCGGCCCGUCCGCGCCCGAAAAGCGCCCACUUUGAGGUUACUUGGAUGGGUCCAUUCCCAGGAAAUCACAUGGAGGCAGCGGCGUCCCGCGGGGUUGCGAGCGCGACGUGCGCCGCUGGGCUCGGAUGGGGGUUUGGAGGUCGUCGCCCCCCGUUGGGGGUUUGGAGGCGAAGGGGAUGGAAGCGAGCGCUCCCGGACGAUCAGCUGGAGGUUUUUCUAUCCGGUGGAACCCGUAGAUCCGAACUUGUGUGUUUACGAGCACAAGUUCACUUUUAUGGGUACCUGCUGGUAGAAAGUGCGGCGAAUGGAGCGACACCUGACGGCGAAAGCGUGCACUUGUGGCGGGGUCUGCUUGAGGUAGUAGGUUGUAUAGUAAGUAUUACACCUAUUGGGAGUGCUGUACAGCCUGCUAACUUUCCCAGACUCGGGCUCUUUCAUCCGGAAGACGACGAAAAUGGGUUUUAGUCGAUAGUUGUAUAUGAUGUUUUUAUUUUGUUGAUGAUGUUGUUGUAUUGUGCAGAGGCUUAAUUUGCCUAU